AUGAAAGACAGGCUAACCCUGCUUCUGUGCGCCAAUGCUAGCGGCGACUGCAAAAUUAAACCGCUGCUGGUGUACCAUUCGGAAAACCCCAGGCCAUUCAAGAAGAACGGUGUGCAAAAGAGCAAACUCAGUGUGAUGUGGAGGGCAAACAAGAAAGCCUGGACAACCAGGCAGUUCUUCAUGGAAUGGUUUGUGGUGUCUGCACCUGCAGUGAAGACAUACCUAAUAGAGAAGAAUCUACCACUCAAGGCCCUCCUGUUGAUGGACAAUGCCCCUGCACACCCUCCAGGCGUGGAAGAAGAAUUGGGUAAGGGGUAUAAAUUCAUCGAAGUGAUGUUCCUCCCCCCCAACACCACGCCACUGAUCCAACCCAUGGACCAGAAUGUCAUCGCCAGCUUUAAGAAGCUGUACACAAAAGCACUUUUUGAGAGGUGCUUUGAGGUGACUUCUGAAACAGAGCUCACUCUGAGGGAGUUUUGGAAGAAUCACUUCAAUAUCCUCCACUGCCUAAGGCUUAUAGAUAAAGCCUGGGGUCAAGUUUCUGUGAGGUCCUUGCAGUCUGCCUGGAAAAAUCUGUGGCCGACCUGUGUGACAGCCAAGGAUUUUGAGGGAUUCGAGCCUUCAGUCCAGGAGUCUGCUGUGGUGGAGGACAUUGUGUCUCUGGGGAGGGCCAUAGGCAUUGAGGUGGACAGUGAUGAUGUGGAGGAGCUGGUGCAAGCACACUCUGAAGACCUCACCACUGACGAGCUGCGUCAACUUCACCAGGAACAGCUGCAGGAGGAGGGAAUUGACACUUCACUGUGCAUGUAUAAAGUAGAACAGGAUGGUGUGGUUCUUCCAGACCAGGUGAAGCCAUAUGCGCCCACGACUCUAGCCUGGGACAACAUCGACAGGCUAGAAGAGACACUGACAGGUUGUGGAACAUCUCACAGGGCCAAUGGCAUUGCAGUGCAACCUCGGGUGUUUGGUCCUGAUCCACCUAGACCAACUCAUGAUGUGCCAAAGAACAAACAGAGAACCAUCUCUAUAUCUCUGCCAGUCUAUGCUGCAGGAACUAGCCCUCUUGAGACUGGUGUGGGAUCAGCUUUUCCCAGUGGCUCACAGAGAACCAUCCUGAUGCCCAUGAUCUAG